CUUAAAUUAUUUAGGACUUCAAUGUGAUAGAUUCCCCAAACUUAUAUAAGUUUAUAAUUAUAACAUUAAAGAAACAAUUGGAUGGGAUCCAAGACCUAUAUAAAUAAUAGGGUUACAGCUACCUAGGGUCAAUAGGUUCAUAGGAUUCAAGCAACAAAAAAACAAAUAGUUGCCAAAAAUGACUUCCCCUAAUUUCUUUGAGAUCCAAGACUGGAACACAUCAUCUUCACCAAAUUUUUGCUUCCAAACAUUUUCCAACAACAAUGUUGAUGAUUCUCCUUCUUUUGAUAUCAUCGACUUCUCUAUGCAUUCACAACAAGUCCCAAAAAUAGGUAACAACAACAAAUACAAGGAGAAAAAUGUGAAGAACAAGAAGCAUGAAGAAGAAUAUGAAGAUGUUCAUCAUGGUGAAAAAGGAAGGUACAUAGGUGUAAGAAAAAGACCAUGGGGAAAAUUCGCAGCCGAAAUUCGAGACACAACAAGGAAUGGAACAAGGGUUUGGCUUGGAACCUUUGAUUGUGCUGAAGAUGCUGCUUUGGCUUAUGAUGAAGCUGCAUUUGCCAUGAGAGGUUACAAUGCUGUUCUCAAUUUUCCAGUCCAAAAGGUCAAAGAUUCCUUGCAAGGAAUUGAGUAUAGUUGUGGCAACAAAAACAACAAAGGGUAUUCACCAGCACUUGCACUCAAAGAGAGAAACUACAUGAGAAGAAAAUUGUCAUCAUCAAAGGAAAAUGAUACUACUCAACAUGCAAAGUGUAAAGGGAAAAGUGAAGAAUCAUCAUCAUCAUCAUCAUCAAGUAGUAGUGUGAUGGUGUUAGAGGACUUGGGAGUUGAAUAUCUUGAGCAACUCCUAAGUAUUUCGGAUAAUAAUAAUAAUAAUCAAGGUGAAAGUCCUAGUUAUUACUUCAAAUAAAUCUUGUUUAAUUUCACUUAGAUUUAAUUUCUUUUCUUCUUCUUUGUUUGAUAGUUGUUCUUUAUGGACAUUCUAAUAGGGCAUGUUUUAGUUUUAUUUCUCUUUUCUCUAAUAAUCUUGGUAAUCUCU